AAUACACGACAAUAUACGGAAAUAUACGGCAGUAUGCCAGUAUGGCUUUGGCUGCCGGCGGGUUCGCGUUCUUCAUGUUUUUUCUUGGUGACGCGCCGCGUACUCGGCCGCGGGUGUCCGUCUUCUCCUGAGUUUACAUUUUGUGACAGUUAAAGAAAAAGAGGAGUUCUUUAAAGAAACAAUCAUCAGAGAUAAAGAUUGAAUCGUGAUAAAGGGCCAUUACGUACGAGGGUGAGAGAGAGAGAGAGAGAGAGGCACGUACACACAUACAUUAUACACACACACAAUAAAGAUAGAAAGAUACAACCACCCUUGGACAUGCGGCGAAACGUGAAAAUAGUGCUCCUUCUGUCAUGCGCCUGGAUGUUCGCUUUUGUUUACUACUAUCACACGUCCAGAGAUACCAAGAACGAAAACAGAGCAUUGCGACUGAAGGAACCCGCAUCCUUGGCCUUAUCCGCUGGAAAUUCUGGUGGUUACAUGGACCCAGAUGGUACCGCCAUUGUGAUGUCAUCCGAACUAUUGCCUGCUCCUACACCCGAUCCAAGAGUUACGUGGAAUUAUUUCGACGAGCAAGGAUAUGUUUCGAGGGGUGGUUUGCGAGCUGGUGAGGAUCCAUACGCAAGAAAUAAAUUCAAUCAAGAAGCCUCGGAUGGUCUUCCAAGUAAUCGGGAUAUUCCUGAUACACGUAGUGCAAUGUGUCGUAUGAAACAAUGGCGAAGAGAUUUACCACCAACUUCCGUCAUAAUUACAUUUCAUAACGAGGCCAGAUCAACGUUGUUAAGAACCGUAGUAAGCGUACUUAAUAGAAGUCCCGAGCAUUUAAUAAAGGAGAUCAUAUUGGUCGACGAUUUUAGUGAUCAUCCUGAGGAUGGUGAAGAACUGUCAAAGAUUCACAAGGUACGAGUUAUCAGAAACGAAAAAAGAGAAGGUUUGAUGAGAUCGAGAGUUCGAGGAGCCGAUGCAGCCACUGCUAGCGUUUUAACAUUUUUGGAUUCUCAUUGCGAGUGUAACGCCGAUUGGUUGGAACCCCUUUUAGAGAGAGUAGCGGAAGAUCCGACGAGAGUUGUUUGUCCUGUAAUCGACGUUAUCAGUAUGGAUACUUUCCAAUAUAUCGGUGCGUCGGCAGAUUUGAGAGGAGGGUUCGAUUGGAGUUUGGUUUUUAAAUGGGAGUAUUUGAGCCAAGCUGAAAGACAAGCACGACAAAAGGAUCCAACGCAAGCAAUCAGAACGCCAAUGAUAGCUGGUGGAUUGUUUGUCAUCAAUAAAGCUUAUUUCGAGAAACUUGGAAAAUACGACACUCAAAUGGAUGUCUGGGGUGGUGAAAAUCUUGAAAUAUCCUUUCGAGUAUGGCAAUGUGGUGGCAGUUUGGAAAUCAUUCCGUGUUCUCGAGUUGGUCAUGUCUUUAGAAAACGUCAUCCUUAUUCUUUUCCUGGUGGUAGUGGGAAUGUUUUUGCAAGGAACACGAGACGUGCCGCUGAAGUAUGGAUGGAUGAUUAUAAACAAUUUUAUUAUAAUGCUGUACCUCUUGCACGAAACAUUCCUUAUGGAAAUAUUCAAGACAGAAUGGAAUUGAAACGAAAACUGCACUGCAAGCCUUUUAGUUGGUAUUUGAAACACGUCUACCCCGAAUUGGUGAUCCCUACGAGUGAGGGUGGUCCAGGAGGAUCUCUAAAACAAGGCACGGCUUGUCUGGAUAGCAUGGGCCAUUUGCUAGAUGGAAACGUUGGUUUAUAUCCCUGCCACGAUACCGGUGGCAAUCAAGAAUGGGGCCUCACAAAGGAUGGUCUGAUAAAGCAUCACGAUCUUUGCCUGACGUUACCACUUUACGCGAAAGGCACGACGCUCCUCAUGCAAAUUUGCGACGGCAGCGAAAAUCAGAAGUGGCGACACUUGGAAGGUGGUCUCAUAAGGCACUCCAGGAUUCCCGUCUGCGUGGAUUCGAGAUAUCACGCUCAACGUGGAAUCACUGCGGAGAAAUGCGAUUCUAACGCGGAAACGCAAAGGUGGCAUCUCUACAAUCACACUCACUAGCUUCCAUUCACCUUACUCGACCGCGUAAUAAUACGUCUUUCGUCUCUAGAGUUCGCCGGAAUCUUCUUAUAAAGGAACCUCGAUUCUUUUCUUCUUUCGUUCGUUUCAAAAACGAACCUGCGAAACCGAAUUCUUUUUAUUGCAGAAGAAAAAAAGAAAAAUUUUCCUUUUCUUUUUUUUUUUAUCCAUCAGACUUAAAAAAAAAAAAAAUAAAAAUAAAAAUUUCGCAUGUUCCCACACAUUGCGAUUUGAUUUACUUACUUAAAACAUCUACCUAUAAUGAUCUCAAAAUACAAUCGUUAGAGCGAUUAGUUUUGUUUGUCUCUGCAUUUAUAUUAUACAUUCAAGGUACUUCACUUCUUCUUUUCUUUGUUUUUUUUUUUUUAAGUCGGAUUUUUAGCGAAAUUAUUUUCGCUAUAGUGAUAUUUUUUAAUAUAUUAGAAGAUACUCGACAAGAGAUUUUACAUUUUGCUUGUGAAUACCAAUCUGAGAUUAUAAUUUUACAAGUAAUACAUAUACCUUAUAGAGAAGAAAGAAUCGAUAGAGCCAAUGUCUACGUAUUGAUGCGAAAUAAGCCUAGGUUCGAUUAUAUAUAUUAUUUUUUUUUUAUACUCUUUACUAGUCAUUCACGAUGUUAUGUCUACUCUCUACAAAUGUGUUUAUUUUUUAUUGUUGUCUAUAAAAGAUAUAUGCGCAGAGGAAAAGAAGAAGAGAGAUUAUUUGUUACAACUUGACUAUUAUCGAUGAUUAAUGAUAAUAACUCUUUAAGAGUCUGAAAAAUUCAUCCACGCAACGUCCAUUCACUCCUUCCUUUUCAUUCUUCUUCUUCUUGUUCUUCUUUUUUUUAUAUAUAUAGCAAAUUUUAAUAGACAUUUUUUUUAAGGAUUUUCGAUCACAUCGAAAUUUUGUUGUCUCCUAUCCAAAAUAAUGGAAUUAUGAGACGAAACGAGUCGUUUCUCUUAUUAUUUCGACUCAACGCUCUAUGAUUCUCGAUAAAGAGAUUUAUUUUUGUAAAAAAUUAUAUAUUUACUUGGUUGUGUGCGAACGGAUGGGAAUCGCGAUAGGAUUUUAUUAUCGUGUGAUGAUUUAACGCGUUGCGGACUGAUCGAUCGUUUAAGUAUAAUUAUAUAUAUACAUAUAUAUAAUUAUGUUCGAAGAGAUCUCACUUCGAUGAAGCGUAGAAACGAUUAGUAUAAUUAAUUAUUAUAAGCUCGUCCGCAACGCGUUAAAACUAAAAGGCGAAAGUACAUAAAUACAUAUAUUAUUACAACACGGUGACUUACAUAGCAAUAUAUGACGUGGUUCUUUAAAUUUAGGCUGAUCGGCAUGCGAGAGAUGGCUUUUUUUUUAUGCCUCGAAACUUUACGCCGAUAAACUGAUUAAACUGCCGCCGUUUUUGCGCCAGGAUUCGCAUCUACUGGAGGCAUUGAGCUUUUGUAUAAUAUUGCGCCCAUCCGAAAUGUCGUCGUCAAUGUUAAUAAUCGUAGUCGAAAAUGUUUGUUGGGAGAUUGUUUUUUUACAUAUUGAUACUUUAAAUAGGCAAUAACGUUUCCUUAGUGUAGAUAUUAUAAACGAACAUUCGUUUAAUAACGAAUAUAUAUUGUAAAUUAAUUAGAGAAUGAUAUAAAUACGAUAUUAAUGUGAAUGCGUUGAAACACCCCUGCGUACUCGUAACAUUAUCAUUCAAAUUUGAAUAUCGAUUACAAUUCUCUGAUAUAUACUUGUUUUAAAGGAAAAUUAUUAUUGAAAUAUUAAUGUAUCAUUUUAUAUGAAUCAUAAUGUUACGUCUAAGUUGGUUGUUAUAUGCGUACAUAAAUGUUGACGAAUUCUAUGCGUCUGUUUCAUAUUUAAGAUACGCUCGUAAUGUGAAAAUGUGGUAGACGCGCAUCCAGGUGCAAGAAUUGUAGAAUUUGUGAUAAAAGUUGAAUCUUUUCGGUGUUAUGCAUCGAAAUUCUUUCACUUUCCGAACAACUUUCUCUCAUGAAUUCCUACAUUAUUAAAAAUGGAAGUACUCACUUCCAUACAGAAUUAUACGAAAAACAAAAAAAAUUCUUGUAAAUAAUUUUACAUAUUCUAUUAUCUUCCUCCCGUCCUAAAUUCUCGAAAUACUACUUCUCACUGCUAUAAUAAAUAAGGAUACAUUUUCUCUUUGCUUCCGUGCAUGAUAAAAGAGUUGAAACUACAAAGGUUCUCUAUCAUAAUUAUGCUGAUACUUGUAAAUAAUAAACCCUACUACCACUAUGAAAAUAUAAAUAUAAAUCGAUGAAGAAAUGAAAAAAUAAUAUACUUUCCAAAUCUAUAAACUGUAUGAUAACACAGAGAAUUCGAGAUAUAAUUAAGAUAAUAGUAAGUAAUCAGUCAAUGUUAACAUUCUUAUAAUUAUAAAAUAUCUUUGUAAUUGAGGAAGAAACGCAAAUAAAAUACGAGAAGGUUCAUUAGCAAACUAUUUCUUACGUAUUUUUAUUUGUCAUUUCUUCUGAAUCGUUAGGAAAAUGAAUUUUUCUAUAAGAUAAAGAAUGUG